AUGAACAACGACCAAGAAAGCGUUCAGUUUUGGUCCUCACUUCUCCACUCUGUUGCUUCUUCCGACCCUAAGGAUGAUCACUUACCCGAGAUCAGUAGCCCGUUAAUGGUGAUGUCUACAUCCAUGGCUAUAGAUGUUUCACUUAAACCUCUUAAUGCUCCUGGAGAUGGACAAAAGGCUGGACCGCAAAAAGCUAAAGCCGAAACUGGAGAUAAAAGCAUUGAUAAGGGUGGUCAGAGAUCUGCUAAAAAGCAGAUUCAGGUGGAUGCUACUGAGAGUAAGAGAUCACGUACUAAUGAAGCUCGUAAUGUUGCUGAGAAGGUGAGGACACUCUUUUGUUUGUCUAUUUAA